CGGGCGGCGGCGCUUCCGCUCGCCGCAGCGCAAUGGCCGUGGCCGCGUUCUUCUCCCCGUGCUCCGCGCUGCGGCCGGGCCUGGCUCCGCUGUGCCGAUGGCGGGCCGCCCUCCCUCGCCUCGCGUCCCGCCAUGCCGGCAGCGUCCCUCGGAGCGCCGCCAGUGAUGAAGCAGCCAUUAUCUCAGGGACAAAGCUCGCUAAACAAGUCUUGAAGGAAGUUCAAAGGGAUGUGGAAUCGUGGAUAUCCUGUGGGAACAAGAGACCUCAUCUCACUGUCAUAUUAGUAGGCGACAACCCAGCUAGUCAUAUCUAUGUCAGAAAUAAGGUAAAAGCAGCUGCAGCUGUAGGAAUUUCUAGUGAGGUCAUACUGAAGCCUAAAUAUAUUUCUCAGGAAGAACUGUUGGAUAUGACAUUAAAACUCAACAAGGACUCAACAGUUAGUGGUGUAUUAGUUCAGCUGCCUCUCCCAGACCAUAUAGAUGAGCGGACAGUUUGUAAUGCUAUCGCACCUGAAAAGGAUGUGGAUGGAUUUCACAUUAUCAACAUUGGACGCCUGUGUCUCGAUCAGCCAUCUGUAAUACCUGCCACUGCUGCUGCUGUCUGGGAAAUCAUAAAGCGGACAGGAAUACAAACAUUUGGGAAAAAUAUUGUUGUAGCUGGAAGAUCUAAGAAUGUUGGAAUGCCCAUUUCAAUGCUUCUGCAUACUGAUGGAGAGCAUGAAAGGCCUGGAGGAGAUGCUACAGUGACCAUUGCGCAUAGGCACACACCAAAGGAACAGCUCAAGAUCCAUACUCAACUUGCUGACAUUGUCAUAGUAGCUGCAGGUAUCCCGAAGUUGAUUACAACUGAUAUGGUCAAAGAAGGUGCAGCUGUGAUAGAUGUAGGCAUCAAUCAUAUCCAUGAUCCUCUAACUGGAAAGACCAAAUUAGUUGGGGAUGUGGACUUCGAAGAAGUGAAGAAGAAGGCUGGCUUCAUCACUCCAGUGCCAGGAGGGGUGGGACCUAUGACUGUUGCAAUGCUUCUGAAGAACACGCUGAUAGUUGCUAAGAAGCUCAUUUACUAGAGGAAGUGUGCUGUCUCAGAAGAAGAAUGCAAGUUGUUCUAUUUAUUGUUAUACAAAACCUUUAUUUUUUACUAGAAAGAUAUUUAUUUCUACAUUGUAUUUAUUUUUUCAUGUAAACUAUAUUGAACUUGAUGGUUUACAAAAUGUUACAAUACUUUAUGUUACCUCCUGCUGACUUACUGUGAGCAUCACUGAAUUGAAUGGUGCAGACUUUGUUGGUACCAUGUUGUUGGUCAGCUGUGUGUAUGGAAGUGAAGAACUAAACUUGAAUUCCAGAGCUUGAAUUAUGCUUGUGUAUUUUGAGAUGGGAUGCUAUUGAUGAGAUUAUUUAAGCAUUAGAUAUGCUCAAU